CGUCACAUAUAUACUCGUUCACAGGGAGAAUGUGAACGCGCCUCGCGCUUGCACAGUGUUGGGCAAAAUGGCGGACAAAACGCCAGGUGGGGCGCAGAAAGCCAGCUCAAAGGCUUUAUUGGAAAGUAAAUUAAAGGCCUUUAGUAUCGGCAAGAUGGCAGUUGCUAAGAGAACACUAAGUAAGAAAGAACAGAAUGAACUGAAGAAGAAGGAGGAUGAAAAGGCCGCUGCAGAGAUCUAUGAGGAAUUUCUUGCUGCCUUUGAGGGAGGUGAAGGAAAGGUUAAGACUUUUGUUCGUGGUGGCCUUGCUAAUGCUACUAAAGAGGAGGCAGUAGCCGAUGACAAGAAAGGAAAGCUUUACAAACCGAAGUCAAGGGUGCCGGAGCCAAAAAGUUUUUUGCCUUUGGAAACUCCACCACAGUUUUUGGCAUUUGACAAACGCAAUGCGGCAAAGAAGAUGGCAGAGAAGGAGAAGAAAAAGAGCAACCUUGAACUCUUUAAAGAAGAAUUAAAACAGAUACAGGAAGAGCGUGAUGAACGUCACAAGUUGAAGGGCAGAGUCAGUCGUUUUGAGCCUCUUCCCACAACGGAAGGACGACGAUCUACGGAUGGUUCUUCAAGAAGAAACCGUCCGUCCAGUGUUUUGGAUGAAUCGGCUCCUGGCUCACAUGAUGUUGGUGAUCCAACAACUACGAAUCUUUAUUUAGGGAAUAUAAAUCCUCAGAUGAAUGAGGAAAUGCUAUGUCAGGAAUUUGGUCGCUACGGUCCAUUAGCAAGUGUGAAAAUUAUGUGGCCCAGGACUGAUGAGGAGAGGGCCAGGGACAGAAACUGUGGCUUUGUAGCCUUCAUGACAAGGAGAGAUGCUGAACGUGCACUUAAGAAUUUAAAUGGGAAAAUGGUAAUGAAUUUUGAAAUGAAACUGGGAUGGGGCAAAGGUGUACCAAUUCCUCCUCACCCCAUAUACAUUCCACCUUCAAUGAUGGAGCACAGCCUCCCGCCUCCACCCUCUGGACUGCCCUUCAAUGCCCAGCCCAGAGAGAGGCUCAAGAACCCCAACGCUUCUAUGCCUCCCCCUCCGAAGAGCAAAGAGGAGUUUGAGAAGACUCUGUCGCAAGCCAUAGUCAAAGUGGUUAUCCCAACAGAAAGGAAUUUGCUCUCUCUCAUCCAUCGAAUGAUCGAGUUUGUGGUGCGUGAGGGACCCAUGUUUGAGGCCAUGAUCAUGAACCGAGAGAUCAACAAUUCACUCUAUAGAUUUUUAUUUGAAAAUCAAAGUCCUGCUCAUGUCUAUUAUCGGUGGAAAUUGUACACGAUAUUACAGGGUGAAUCUCCAACAAAAUGGAAAACUGAGGAGUUCAGGAUGUUUAAGAAUGGAUCCAUCUGGCGACCACCCCCUCUCAACCCGUACUUGCAUGGCACUCCUGAAGAUGAAGAGCGUGAAGAUGACGUAGAAGACGACACCAGCAAGAAGGGGUCCUUAAAAGACGACGAAAGGGAUAAACUGGAGGAGAUUCUUCGAGGUCUCUCGCCGAGGAAGAGUGACGUAGCUGAAGCCAUGCUGUUCUGCCUUCAACACGCUGAUGCAGCUGAGGAGAUUGUUGAAUGCAUUGCUGAGUCUCUGUCCAUACUUAAAACGCCUUUGCCAAAGAAGAUUGCAAGGUUAUAUUUGGUGUCAGAUGUGCUGUAUAACUCAUCUGCAAAAGUUGCUAAUGCCUCUUAUUACAGAAAAUUCUUUGAAGCAAAACUUUGUCAGAUAUUUUCUGACCUCAAUGCCACUUACAAGACAAUACAAGGCCACUUACAAUCAGAACAUUUUAAGCAAAGAGUAAUGACCUGUUUCCGUGCAUGGGAGGACUGGGCAGUUUAUCCUGAUCCUUUCCUGAUUAAACUUCAGAACAUUUUCCUGGGACUUGUUAGUCUUGAUCCGGACAAGGAAAUUGUAGAGCUGAUUCCAGAGCCACCAGUAACCAGCCUCGACAUUGAUGGUGCUCCUAUUGUGGAGGAGGAGCUGGAUGGUGCUCCUCUGGAUGAUGUUGAUGGCACACCUAUUGUUCUGGCGCAAAUUGAUGGUGCACCUCUAGAUGACCUGGAUGGAGUGCCUAUCAAGGGAGUAGAUGACGAUCUGGAUGGCAUUCCUUUUGAUCAAAAACCAGGUUUUAAGGUAGCCCCAUCAAAAUGGGAAGCAGUGGAUGGUGCUGCUUUAGAAGCGCAAGCUGUAACCACAUCAAAAUGGGAGGUCUUUGAUCAGCCUGAAGAAUCUGAGAAGAGUAAAGAAAGGACAACACGUGAAACUGAGAGCAAAGACUCUCUGAAGAGCUCCAGUGCUGCAGAGCAACAGUCCUACAUUAAUCCUGCUAGAGAAGAAUAUGAUACGAAAUCUGCAAAGUUCUCUGAGAUGAGUGAGGAGAAACGUGCCAAACUUAGAGAAAUUGAGCUUAAAGUCAUGAAGUUUCAAGAUGAGCUUGAAUCUGGAAAAAGGCCCAAAAAAUCUGGACAAAGUAUUCAAGAACAAGUAGAGCUUUAUCGGGACAAGUUACUACAGAGGGAGAGGGAGAAGGAGACAGAAAAAGACAGAGACCGUGAGAAAGAGAGAAAAGACAAAGAGAAAUUGGAUGUAUCGCAUAAGGAAAAGGACAAAGAUGACGCUACACCAAGCAGAAAAGAAAAAAAACGGAGGCACAGUCCUUCACCCAGUCCCACUCGAAGUAGCAGCAGUAGACGUGGCAGAUCGCCAUCCCCACGAUCAGAGCGCUCUGAUAGAUCCUAUACAAAAGAAAGCCUUCGAUCUUCCUAUAAAGAUUCUCCUAGAGAAAGCAGCCGGAAGUCAUCUAAAAGGUCUCCUUCCCCACCAAAAACGCCUAAAAGGUCACGCAGGUCCAGAUCAAGAACACCCAAAAAAUCUUCAAAGAAAUCCAGAUCUCGGUCACGAUCGCCGCACCGUUCUCACAAAAAAUCCAAGAAAAGCAAACACUGAGAGACUGCUGGCUUUUAUAUAUAAAAAUCAUGCCGGAAUAGUCUUUUGUGCCUCAGAUUUGUCCUGUAAAUCUGUGUGGGAGACAUUUCCUCUUUCACCCUCUUCUCUUUUUGAAGCUCACGUACAUUGGAACAAGAACAGUGUUCUCAAGGGUAAUCUGUUGGGUGUUUUAAAAUGUCUCUUAGGAACUUCAAUUGAUGUUGACGACAAUGCAGUGAUCAGGACUGUCCUCCAUCAAGAUGAAAACUUGUCUUAUUUUCUGUCAUGGUUUUUAGAUCCCUUGAAACUGACUUAAAUUAAAAUACUGUAAGUUUCAGUUGUAUAGAUGUUUUCUUUCAAUAAAGACCGUUUAUGUGACUUGUAA